UUGUCAUAGGACGCCUGAACGCAAAGUCUGCAUGUGUAGAGGUGUAAACACCGAAACAUCAAUGACAUUGCUCGAAAAUUAAAAUUCAUGCCAUAUUUGCAGUAAAAAUAAAAAAUAAUUCUCUCUCUCAAAAAUAAUUUUUGAUGGCUGUUGUUUGUUAGACGACUUUCGUUAUAUACCCACCUUUUCAUGUACUUUUUCUUGAGGAGGGAUACUACCAAUACUACAAUUGUAUGAGAAUUGUAUGAUGAAAAUCUACAGGUUCGACCGAGAUUCGUAGGAUGAAGGUAUAUCUUCCCAAGUUCAUCGCUACGAUCGCUACGAAACAACGCUAGUAUAAUAAACAAAAACUCCUUCCGAUUCUCCCUACUACUUCCAUAGUCUCUGUCCUCCCUACUCCUUAUCCCCACUAGUCGGCAAAGAGCUCUGGUUUCAAGUGUCAAUAAAUAAACUAACCCUAUAGUUACCCGACACAAUUCGUGAAAAAGUAAGUGACAAGUGUCGGAAAACAAGUGUGAACAGCUCGGAAAUUAUAUUUGUAACACGUCAUAUAAUCAAUUAAAUGAAAAUUCAAAUCGAAAAUUCGCGAUAUAAAUUAGAUAAAGAGGAAAAAGCGUUCUCGUAAGAGUACGUAAAAGGCUUCGAAGGCAGGUGGGAAAUUCAAAUUUCAAAGAAUCAUGUCGAUCGAAAGAAUGUCAGGACAAGGCUAUGCGCCUAUACCACAAUGCAUGAGCAAUACCGAUACGGAAGACGAGGACGAACGCUUGGCUAUUCCCAUAGAAAAUAAUCACGAAGAUCAAGCAAAAACUCAUGAUACUGUAGCUGCUCAGGAAAAUGGAUGGUACCAUAAUUCAAAAGAGCCUAAGAACUUUGCAAAGGAUCCAGUCGAUUCCCAAGGCGGAUAUAGAUAUUGCGGUGACGACGUUCCCAUUAUGGUGACCGAUAACGAGGCUCAGAAUGAUUUUUGGAAAAGACGGGAAAUGUCAUUACUCCGACGUUUUUGUCUUGUCCUGUCUGUGUUAUUUUGCUGUGCUACAGCUCUAGUUUUCCUCUAUGCUUUGCCAUGUGACAAUGCAGUGAUAUGUCCACCAGUUAUGGAAAACCAGCCUGUUAUCACUUGGGAGAAAACUUUGGAAGGUGUUGAACUGCAUGGUCCGAUUUCGGUCGUCCACGGGACACCGUACAGUUUGAUAUUCUUAUUGCUUGGACAGCGAUUUGGCGUCAAUAGGUCAGUAGCCACAGCGGCAAGAGAAAUUCCAGCGGAGGGUGGAGUUGUUUUGUCGAUGCAGGGCAAUACCGGAACUCUACUGUGGUGGGUUCCGCUACAAAAAAAAUGGCCUACCGACAUCAAUUGCACAACUUUUGAUGCGGAUGGUUCGGAAACUCCAGAUUGUAUCGUGAGCGGUGAAAAUUUAUUGCUCAGUAUUGACCCAACAGCGGGUACAAUACACUGGACGUCCUUGUAUCCAACGAAACCACAAUUACCAUUGAUCAUUCCGGAUGUUGAUUCUGACGGAAUCGACGAUUUGUUGAGCGUCACGCAAAAUGGAUACCCCCAAGGUGGGAUUAUUCUAUUGUCCGGAAAGAAUGGAAAAUAUUUGGGCGAGCAUAUGAACAGCGAUUGCGAAUCUUUCGCGAGAAAUUCCAUUCGAAUCAUCCGGCUCGAAUCCAAUGGCGAUAUUUCGUAUAUUUGCAAGGGAAAAACAUCGCCGAAUCAAAUGUUGAACGUGACAGUACCGCUAAACGAGUUGCUACAUGCGAACAACUCUGACCUCGCAGAAGUCAAGUCCAACCGAGUGUUCAACGAGAGUACCACACCGGAGAAUCGAUCGGAGGAAACUGAAAUUCCGUCCGAGUACACGAUACAGCUGACUCCUUACUAUCAACUAAACGUGCGAAAUUUUGGUUCUUGUCCAGGUGAGGAUUGUCGGGUCAGUGCAAACGUGACGUUGCAAAAGAUCAGUAAAUCGGAUCGAAUAAUAUGGAAUCAUACGAGCGAAAACACAUACGCUAUGAAACCGGCUAUUUAUUCGAUCGGUGAUAAGCCUUAUGUGACUGGUUUUGCCAUCAAAUUUUGGCAAUGGGAGGAUCAUGAAAAAUCCUACGACGAAAAAGUCGAAAAAUGGAUGAAGCGCCAACUGUUUGAAAAAGUCCUAAUGGUAUUCGUUAAUUACACCGAUGUACACGAGAUCUAUGCGAGUGAGAGCGACAUUAUACAAUAUUGCAGUAAUGAUGAUUGUCAGCCAAACUUGAAGCUUCAAACACGAUCGAUCGCUAUCGCGGAUUUAGGCGGCGAUGGAACUUGGGAAUUGAUCAAUUAUCGAUCUUCCUACACCACCGAAUUACCAAUCGUUAUUGUCUCAAAAGUACAAAUCGUUAAACUCGAUGCAGACUUGUCUCCGCUUACGCAAACUAAUUAAACUGAAAUUAUUAUUUAUUCGUGUAUAGCUAUUUUCGAGAUGAUCGAUCAUAAUGUUUACAUGCGUUUUAAGAACGACAUAGAAGUUACUUUAUCGCAAUGCAACGAAGUGUUUUUUUCGUUAUUUUUCAAUUCAAUUUUUCCAGCAUCAUUUUUUAAAUCUGCUUCUUUGAUUUGACAAAAUAGGUUAUAAAAAAUUGAAGAUAUUUGCAAAAAAUUUUGAGCGAUUUAACACAUUUCGUUGCAAGCUAAUUAUGCAAAUUUCAUGAUCGUUUGACAUAAGUAUUUACGAUGUUAUAGUGUGUGGUGUGUAUAUUAGAUACCUCUUUGACUCGACGAGAUUGAUCUCAUUGAUUUAUUUCUUUUUAUACACAUCGCAGUAUGAAGUGCACCGAUUGUUGCUAGUCGAAAAGUUUCCUUUCGAGGAAAACUGUAGUUUCAUUGUAUCUAUAAAACAAAAUUUAUGUACCAUUUUAUCGACGAUUCGCGUUUUAUUUACAGAAAACACAUCGACAUUCGUCCAAAACUUUUAUGAUUAAUAAUUUAUUGUACAAAUUUUA